ACUGGAUGCACAUAUCCGCCAUACAACUGUGAGUUCGAAUUCAGUAUUACGCAGCAAUCCAAAUAACAUACAUAUCCUAAGAUCGCCAUAGCCAUUGUACAGUUUUACCCUGAUUGGUACAUACUACUGUAGUAACUAGUACGCCAAUUUUUAGUGUAAUUAAGGAAGCUAAAGUCAAUAAUGCAAAAGUUAUAGAUAUUUGGAGUUCUUUAGUUUUUACUGAGAACACGUCACGUUAAUGAUCAUUAAAUGUGAUUGAAACAGUUAGACUCAUUAUCCGUUCUGGUUAAAUAUUUAAAGGAUAAAAGUUAAACUGCAAUGAAAACUUGCAAAUAUUGUUUUAACCCAAAUGUAUAUAUCACAUAAAAAUUAAUCUACUUUCAACCUAGGAAUAGAAAGCAAAAAUCUAUACAUUAAAAUAUAUCAUCAGACUUACAAGAGUUAACUUGCACUGCGCAUCAUUUUGUACUGAACUGACAGACUACAUGAUGCUCACGACCAAUAAUGCGCAGUACGAGCAAAAAAAGUUCUAGCUAUAGGUAUACUUCUACCUAUGAAGUUGCAAUUACGCAAAGUUAUCUACUCUAGAUGGUCUGUAACUAUGUGUUUUCUACCCACAAGCUACAGUAUCGCCUAUAAUUUGCGUAUGUUAAAGCUGCUAAGUGGAGCACUCCGCCCUUGAUAGUAGGUUGCGUUCGUGUGCGUAUUUAAUUAAUUUUUUAAUUCACGAUUAACUAAAAAAGAUAAGAAGGUACUUAAGUAAUUUAGUAAGACCGAGAUAAUUAGCAAAUUUUACAAAGCGACGGAGUGUCGUCGUAAAAAACUUGGCUGGCAAUACACAAUUUCGUAUUCGUUCUAUAAACUAAACUAAUAUUAUAUCAAUGAUACUAAGUAUGUGCAGUAUUCCAAAAACUCUAGACAUUGCCGCAUAACAUGGUAUUUGCAAUAUUUUUAUAAAAGAAAUUUAUUUAAGCAGCUAGCUAACAACAUAACGCGUUUAGGACUAAUAAUGUGAGCGCUUAAUGAGAUUUCUUUCUAUUCUAAAGGACAUCCUUGAGAAAACAGUAUUACAUUAAACUCCUACUCUGAUUUCGAAAAGAAUCUCAUUAAGGAACUGGAACGACUUUCAAGUAAACAAAUGCCUUUAAUUUUGGCCGGAAGCCAUUUAAUUAUUGAGUUAAACGAACUCCCAGAACGUCAAGGUCAAAAGAUGAUAUUUGGAGGUGACCUCAAAUUUACAUGUCCUUUGUGCUUUGGCACUCAACGGUUAAACCGCAGUCCCGCCACCGCAAGCGAAGUAGACACUUCCUACGUGUGUUUACUACGAAUCACAAGUCUGGCCGGAAGCUAACUGAAUACUUUAGUAAUGAUUACGAAAGCAUUAGAAAUCGACAUGUAACAGGCGUUGUUCUAAUCUAUCAAACAAAAUAACACCGAGAUUUGCGGUACUUGUAUAGACUGCUGACAACACCGCGCUCAUACAUCAGAUCGAUGAUCAUAUACACCGACAAAGCAGUUUUCGAAAAAGUGAUUCAGCAGAGAUGACAUGCAAUUAUCGCCGCAAAUUUGUUCGACUAAUUUAACACUAUUUCUGAAGGUAGUAAGAAGAUCUAGGCAAUCUGAACCGAGCUCUCUUGCAAAUAUAAAAUGCAGAAUUGUUGUGAACAUGUUCACGAACUGGAAAAAAGGUCUGCGGUGUACAGAUUUUGAAUGAGAGCAGGAUUGGUAAGGCAGGGGAACAACAAAAACAGUCCUGAUGAACUUCCAAUCUUUUAUCUGAUAAAUUGGAGUACACCACCAUUAGCAAAUUUAUUUUGGGUUCAUAAAUCUAAUAAGUUAGAAACAUCUAAAUGACAAAAAUAAUAAGUAAUAAGGUGAACGUCGUGACUAUGAAAUCUCUCCUUGCUAAUUUGAAACUCGCUAAACCGAAUGUUUUUAUACUAUCGACUAGCAAAGAUUGUAAAAUACGCACAACGUUGGCUGUAAUAUUGUACUAGUUGUAAGCGUAGCCGAUAACAUUACUUCUGCUUUUCCUGGACGAGCAAGAAAUAACAUUGAUUAUACACUUUUAGAUCUCGCAUUCACAAUACUUUCCUAAUAUUAAAUUCUGACCUUUGCUCACGCUGUACCUGAACUUGUUCUAACAAUACAUGUACAGAUAUAUUCAGAAUAAGUACAUCGGUGAUGAAUGGAUGAGUCGAUUUAGACAUUCCUCUAUAGACUGACUCAAACGUUUUUGUAGCGUAACUUGCAAAAUUUGGCAAAGCUUAAUUUUGUUGGUUUGCAAUAUUUAAUAUUUAACUUUAUUUAUGAGUGAUGCGCGUGUUUACUAAUAAUCUGAUGCUAGUGUGCAUACAGUGCAGAGUGUUGGGAUGUCUAGCAAUCCUUUCGGGUAUCUUCACGCAUGCGCGGCACUAGUGAACUUUGUAGCACAGAACAGCACUCGUAGUUAUAGUCUUCCCGCACAAAACGCUACCGGUAGGUGUCGAUGCUGAAGCUGCCAACUGCACGUACCCGUUUCUGAUAGAAUCUUAGCAUGUGCCCAGUUAUAGCUGGGAAACUUUUUUAGAUUUUUUGAUAGUGAAUGUGCAGGUUUGCUUUUGCAGACCAAUUUCUGAUUUUAACGUAAAAUUCUUUCGCCACUAUCGGCUUACUUUAUAACUAUUAACCAACCGAGAUCUUAGUUUAAGUGUAAAUGGCACUGCAUGUAAAAGUUUAAAAUAAAGAUACGCAACCAACCAAAAAGCAGUCGCAUUUCAUAACAAAAAAAGCACGAGCCGCAAAAUUAAAUAUAGUGGGAAUGUAAAAUAAUGCUACUGAAAGUGGAAACGGUACUUGGAUGUACGAACACUUAAAAAAGUGAGGAGCCAACACUGGGUCGGAACAAGCUGAUAUCUAAAUGAGACUUCAUAAAUGGUUAUUUUAUUUGUGGGUAAAUGGCACUCUGUGACCCAUGUAUUACAGUAUUCCUCCGGAGUUUUGCGUGCAAAUAUUGUUGCUUUUGCCAGACAGCACAUCAGGUGUCCAUAUGACCUUAAGUUCAUGUAAUGUUAUGAGACAACAGCUAAACCUGAUCUGGAUUUUGUUUGCUCUAUGGUUCCCUCACCCUGCUUUGUCACACGUUGAGUUUCUUGGAAAAUUUUCGGUGCGCCGGUAAAUAUUGGCGUUUUUUUUUCGACAAACACACUUCUGCAUUUUUCCGCUAGGAAUUGUAGCCACUGAUCAGACGUGGCUCUGUAUUGGUCAUAUAAUAAUAUACCCAACAAAACAAUGAGUAAGUACUUAUGUACUUACCGACGUACGUACCGACAUUGCUGCUUAAGCAGUACGAUAAUUAUUUAUUUUAGCGAACAAUGGGCCGCUGGUGUGUACGAUACACUGAAUAUCUCAUUGGACUCAAUGUUGCAAUAUUAGAAAACAUUACAAAACCGCCAAAUACAGAUACGUGUGCAACUAUACGCGUCGCAUAGUACUUGGUUUUUGGUGGAUUUAUGGACUUACAAGUAAAAUUAUUCCGCCUGAAGCGGAAAAUCUGUCAGCGGAUUCACUUUCGCUUUCACAAUAGUGGGUUUUAAUUAAUGCCAGGGCGGUCUUUAAUUUGAAUAGUGCCGAACCUUGAACUCUUCGAUUAACUCCUAACUGCCGCAACCAUAUAUAAUGUUAUCAGACCCUCGCUGUGCAGUUUAUCUUUGCUCUGCCGGUGAUAUUGGCGACAUACCUUGUGUUGUACUCCAAGAAAGGCUCCGCUGGCCGGCUUCCUCUGCCUCCGUCGCCCUUUCAGAUCCCUGUUCUGGGCUGCCUUCCGUUUCUGAACUCUCGCUUUCCCCAUUUAACCUUUUCCAAAUGGGCGAAAUCCUUGGGGAAAAUUUACAGUUGCCGGAUGGGGGCACAGUUGGUGGUUGUACUGAACGAUGCGCAGAUUAUUCGCGAAGCCUUUGCACAACCUGUAUUUAAUGGACGACCGGAUAUGUACACAGCCAGAAAAACCAGCAAUGGCUACGGAAUUUCGUUUGCGCCUGACAACACUUGGCAGAUACAUCGCAAAUUCGCGGUGAAGACUUUUAAAAUGUUGGGCGUGGGAAAAAACAUCAUGGAAGAACAGAUUCGGGAGGAAGUGGAGCGUCUAAUUACCACCAUUUCCCAGUUUAAAGGCCUGCCGUUUUGCAACAAAAAUAUCAUUCGGACCGCGGUGGGCAAUGUCAUCUGCGCUGUACUGUUUGGACAACGCUUCACCGACAACGCGGAAACGACGACAACGACGCAGCACUUCUACGACCAAAUGAAUGCCGUUUUCCGAUUUUUUGGCGUCGCCGGUAUUCUGAACAUCUUCCCCUGGCUGAUCAUCGUUCCCAAGGUGCGGGAAAGCUUUGCCAAGGUGAUCGAAGCCCUGGACUGCGCCGGACAGUACAUUAAGAAUGUGUAUGCACGCCACUUGGAAACAUACGAUAGCAACGUUACCCGUGAUUACACUGAUGCGUUCAUUGCCUCGCGUUUGCGCGAAAAGGAACUCUAUUCAGCACCGAGGCUAUUUACCGAUCAGCAAUAUGUGGCAGCGGCACGUGAGCUCUUCUUAACCGGUUAUGAUACAACGAGUGCGACAUUAAGAUGGGCGUUUCUCUAUACCGCUUCUGAUCCAGUGGUUCAGGAAAAACUUCAUAAAGAAAUCGACACGGUGGUCGGACGGUCGCGUCUGCCGCUGUGGACCGAUGUGAACCAGAUGCCGUAUACACAGGCGGUGCUGCAUGAAGUACAGCGCAUCAGCUCCAUCGGUCCGAUGGGAGUGCCGCACCGGGCCAUCGAAGCAACGGAACUGGGUGGAUAUUUCAUACCCAAAGACGCUUGGAUUUUCACAAAUCUCUGGCACGUACACCGGGAUUCAAAUACCUGGAUGGAUGGGAACUCUUUUAUUCCCGAACGUUUUUUGUCAGCUGACGGCGCUAGUAUUAUAAUACCAAAGCAAUUCAUUCCAUUUUCAACAGGAAAGCGAUCGUGUCCUGGCGAAUCCCUGGCGAAAAUGGAACUCUUCCUCGUAUUUGCAUCAGUAUUGCAGAAUUUUUCGCUGUCAUUGGAAGGAGAACUGGACUUGGAACCGCUGAACGGGAUAACGCUCGACACUAAGGAUUAUCAAAUGAGAGCUGAGGCUCGAUAGAUAUCUGGCGCUCAGUACGAGUACUGACUGACCAGAUCACGGGCGUGGCUAUAUGUGUUUCUGGAUCCCGAUGCUCACUGCCGCACAAAUCCGGAUGGUUCCCUAACCACCGUUCUUCCUAGUGCAUUUUGUAAUGUUGUUUUGGUUUGCCUGCCCUAGUCAUUAGUAAUAACUGUCAGUGUCAUGUGGACAAUAAUGUCUCAUCUCGUUUUUUGUCCUUGUUGUUGCUCAUGGAAUUUGUACAGAUAUUUCUUAUAAGUAUUCUGUACAGGUGUUAUAUAAGAUUAUUUGGGGUAUUUAACCAAAUUAUUUCUGUCAGUAUUUUUACCCCUUAACGCUUUUCAGCUAAUUUUAACUUCGACCGCGUGCACGUACAUAUGAGUACGAUAUUGUACGAUUCUGCAGAACUCAUUUAUGUAAAGUUUAUUAAAGAUA